AUGCCCGAAAUACUGCCCGACCCUAUAUUCACCUUGUCAGACCUCACGCUCACUCGCGCCCAAGCCGACGACCUAGCUUCGAUUCAAUACAUCGUCAACGCAGCAUAUGAGAAAUACAUCCCUCGGAUUGGCAAGCCUCCCGCCCCAAUGACAGCGGACUAUGCAUCGCUGCUCACAACCCAUGACAUGUUCAUCCUGCGCACCGCUCAAUCACCCAUCGGCGCGCUCCUUCUUCAUCACGACACUAGCGCAGAAGCCAUGAAAGUCGAGAACCUAGUCGUUGAUCCAAGUGCGCAAGGCCGUGGUUACGGCAAGGUGCUGAUGCGCUAUGCAGAAGACUUUGCGCAGUCGCGAGGUUGUAAUGCGUUGGAGCUGUAUACGAAUGUCAAGAUGGUGGAGAAUCUGAGGCUGUAUUUUAAGAUGGGGUUCGUGGAGACUGGGAGGAGAAAGGAGGAUGGAUUUGAGCGUGUAUAUUUUCGUAAAAUGAUAAAAUAA